UCCGCUGACCGUCCGCCAUGCUCGCCCUGCUGCGCCACGGUGCUCACAACCUGCUGACUCUCAGGGCCGUUCAGACCGAGACCAGCUGCCACUACGUCACACAGAUGGGGAAGCGCGUAGCAGUGGUGUUGGCGGGCUGCGGGGUUUACGACGGGACCGAGGUCCACGAGGCCUCCGCGGUUCUGGUCCACCUGAGCAGAGGAGGCGCGAGCGUCACCAUGUUCGCCCCCAACGUGGACCAGAUGCACGUUGUGGAUCACCUGACGGGCGAGCCGUCCCAGGAGAAGCGCAACGUGUUGGUGGAGAGCGCCCGGCUGGCCCGCGGGAACAUCCUGGACCUGGCGACGCUCAGCGCCAAAGACCACGACGCCGUGAUAUUCCCGGGUGGUUUCGGGGCGGCGAAGAACCUGUGCACGUGGGCCGUGCAGGGGAAGGACUGCACGGUGAACGACGAGGUGAAGGCGGCGCUGCAGGCGUUCCACGGCGAGGGGAAGCCCAUCGGCCUCUGCUGCAUCGCGCCCGUCCUGGCGGCCAAGGUGUUCCCCGGCUGCGAGGUCACCGUCGGCAUCGAGAAGGAUGACAAGUAUCCCAACACGGCCGACACCGCGGCGGCCAUCAGCCAGCUGGGCUGUACGCACGUCAGCGUGGACGUCGCUCAGAGCCACGUGGACGAGAAGAACAAGCUGGUCACCACCGCUGCCUUCAUGUGCGACGCGCCCAUCCACCAGGUGUUCGACGGCAUCGGAGCGAUGGUGCAGGACGUGCUGAAGCGCGCCUGAUCGCCCCAAAACUCGCAUGGAGGAGGGGGAGGGGCAGGAGGGGGGGAUCUGGACCCCUUGAUCAAAGCACUUCCAGAUCCAAGUUCUGUAGGCGUGAUGUAGACCACAUGCUCUGAUCUAGUUUAAAUCUCUGAUUCAAUCUCGUGUGUGUGUGUGUGUGUUCUCUGAUGACGUGGAUCAUGUUGGCAACGCUCAUUAGAUUUUUAGAAGACAAGCAGCAGCUAUGAUAUUGUACAAACAAAUAUUAAAUAAAAUGUUUAAAGUUCA